GCUCCAGAACUGCGGUUAAGAGAAAAUCAAGCAGAGCAGAUCCCUGGCUUUAAUUAAGAUCCAGAGAAUAACCCCUCUUGUGCUGAAGGCAAAGGGCAUUCUCCACGAGGACAAGUCCGACAAGACGAACUUUUCCUUUUCCCUUCACCUGGUCCUUGUGCUUAGAAAAUAAUUUUACCUCACAACUUCCCCCAUCCUCGACCUCUCCCGACUUCCACCCUCUCACUCCUGGUUAUCCUUUCCUCAUCGUCAGUUUUUUUUAUGUCACAACCUUCUUGCCCGCCGGUUCUCUAACUGUCACUUGCACGUCCCCGUUCCUCAGCCGCCAGCCGCGCGUUUCCAGCGUCUGAAUCAUCGCUCCAACCCCGCCGGGGCAGAAAUUCCUUUUUUUUUGGCCAGUCGGUCCUAAGCGUAUUGUUUGUCGCGGCCGGGGUCUUGGUCUCGUCUGAUCUGAGCAAAGCACACCCGAGUCACCCCUCUUUUUUCAUUUAUAAUAGACUCUGAUCACACCAUCCAACCCCGUAAGUCUGGGGAAUCUACCAAGCUCUCUUGCGAAGGGGGGAUAAACGGGCAAAAGCAUCCAAACCGUCAACAGCAUAUCCCCCCCUCAUUAGCAUCAGAUGGUUUCUAUGGUCGAGGCCUCCAUUUUGAACCAUAAUGACAUGGCCAUGGACCAGGUCGCCCCCAAGUCAGAACCCCUAAACGAAGGCUCGAUCAGUUCAGCCGUCUCAACGCCAGACCCCGAGGGUGAGGUCUUGACGCAAGAUGUCGCCCAGACACAGAAGCGGAAGGGUGGCAGGAAACCUAUCUAUGCGACCUCGGAAGAGCGUAAGCAGCGCAAUCGCCAGGCCCAGGCGGCCUUUCGUGAGCGUCGCACAGAGUACAUCCGCCAGCUCGAGUCCACCAUCAAGCGCAAUGAAGAGUCCCUGCAGACCUUGCAGCAGAAUCAUCGCACCGCUGCAGAUGAAUGCUUGAUGCUGCGUUACAAGAAUUCUCUUCUCGAGCGCAUCCUUCUUGAAAAAGGAAUCGAUGUUCAAGCUGAACUACGCUUGAAAGCGGGAACGCCCAAUGGCCCGGGGAAACCUAGUCCUAUAACUACUAAAGCUCCAUCCCUGCAACAAGCUGCAAUUAGCCGAAGCUCGGCCCAACGACACCCUAGCGGCCUCGCCCCCAAGGAGCCUUUCAGUGUUCCCCAGUCGCGCGAUGGUGGCUUCGGUAUCCCGUCGCCCCAGUUUCAGGCUACGCCUCCCUCCCAUGUCUCCUCACCAUCGCACGCCAAGUCACCCAACUACGGGUUCCAGGGAGCUUUGUCGCCUGCCGGUGUCGAUCCUCAAGCACAGCGGUCCCAAAUGCUCACUCACUCGAGAAACAUAAGCCAAACUUCUCCACCCAUGAGCGUUGGCCAGCCUGAGCCCACCGAACCGAAGUCUGCCGUAUCGGCUAGUAUGGGCUCUCGAGCUCCCCGUCUCCCUUCUGCGUACUAUCCAUCGCCAUUUCAGAAACAUUAUGAUCAAUUAGAACAAGAAUAUGAUGCGCAAGCGGACAUGAUUGAUGACGAGCACGAAUCAUCUGUCGGUACUUCAUCUUUCGUACCCGGGUACAACCCCUCAAGCUCAGUCUCGAAUGCUUCUCACCCCAUGAACCCUCAUGGUAUGAAUCCAUACAACCACUCUUCUGGGGAAGCUGUCAACGGGGCAUACGGCAAUACGAGCGCCAUGAUGGGAAACUAUGAGCCGAUGCUAGACGCCGAUCCAUUUGGACUGAGCGCCAGUAUGCACUUUCAGACCCCGUUCAGCUACGAGCAAAAUAAUGCACGUCAAUGA